AGUGUUAUUCCGUCGUUUUUAUUUUAAAAAAAAUAUUGAAACGUGGACUAAACAUGAAAAAUGGCGUGGCUUAAAAUAAACGUUAAAUUGUGAUAACAACAAUAUGAGUCGAUCCGAUCGUCAGUGAGUCAUUGAAUUCAUUUGAUUGAUACUGUUGUGUUCUUUCCUUUUUGUCUUCAAUUUUUUUUUUUUGUGAAAAAAGUCUUUCUCAUCUUUUUUAAAUUGUUGAAAAAAAGGAACACCUUUUGAAAAUCUCAAUUUGCUCAAAAUUUCUUUAUCUUUGAUCGAGAUCCGUGGUUGGAAUUUUCAAUUUUGUACAAGUUUUCUUGGAAGAAAAUCGUUCGAUUCCCGAAUAAGCGUGGAUUUAAAAAUCGAAUCUUAAGCUUAAAGUGUAUAUUUGAAUGGUACUCUUAUAUUCGCAUUGAUCUCCAUUUAUUUUUCCAAUAAAUUUUCUUGGUGACCGUAGAUAUCUACGGAAGAAAGGACCGGAGCGAGUUAUACUGUUUGGAUCCAAAUCAUUUCACGUUUAUGUGUGUUUCGCCAAUUCACGAUACUGUGACGCGAUGUUUCUGGUGAAGAAGAAGAAAUGUGCGGGUCAUACAUAUUAUAGUGCCGUGAGUCCGCCGUCGGAGUUCUAUAACAUAAUAAUCGACAGUUCUAAAGUGAAAUGUUUGAUUUGUGCGAAUAUUGUUGGACGUCUCGACUCAAAGAUUGACUCAAUUGUUCUGGAUAUUGAAAAGAUUCGUUUAGUGCGAAUCGAGCCACGCAAUUUAACGGCCGUUUGCACAAGUAAAGAGGCUAAUCAUUCGCAUGAAAUGUUAGUUUCAUCCGCAUAUUGUGACACCGUAUACAAAUCCUAUACCAAGCCGGAAUUCUACAGUGUUUCACGAUAUCAAACGCUCAAACAGCCGUGCUCUUUGUUACCCGACAAAAUUCUCGGCUUCAAUUUCAUCAGUUCCAUAUCUCGUUCAUUUCGCUACAUAAGAGUGCAUCGAUUUCGACACCCAAGCUCGUUGCGUGGAGUUUACAAUCCACUCUCAUUCGCGAAUCUGCAAAUUUCGACAUUUUCUUCAUCCGCAACUGAUUCGUCAACGGUUUUAUCGGAUUCAUCAACCAUUUCUACUGACUCAACACCAUCAUCUUUACGAACGGUUUCGGUGGUCGCUUCAACUUCUUCGCCUACACUUGAUGUAGAAUCAGAUUUGUGUGAGUCUACCCCAAAGCCAAUGAACAACACCGCUGCUCAGGGAUUUUUCAGCACUUAUUCCACUUAUGAACCGAUUGGACCAACCGCAGAAAGUCAUGGUGAUAGCCCAAGUGCAUCUUAUCAUGUUUCAUUAAAAGAUUACAGUAUUCGAACACCACGACCAGAAAAUACCACUGAUUUAGCUUCAAAUUCAUCAUUUUUACGCUACAAUGUCAAUUCAAAUGCACAUCUGUCUAGUGAAACAACUUCAAUGCAACAACCUAAUGUCAUUUUUGAUCCAAUCGCACCAACGUCAGUGCGAUACCAUUACAAUGGAUAUGAAGUACCAGGCGAUUUUGAUAUGGUUCACUUUGAUUAA